AUGGAGGAAUGGCAACGAACACUGCGGCAUGGAGAUACUGUGGAUGUUGACGAGAUGCCUAAAUCAACAGCAACGACUGCGCAGCUGGUCGAUGCAUCGAUCGCACAGCCCAUAGCAUCUGUUCUUGAGCCAGUGACACCAGUGCGCCAAGGCGGGUUCGGUCCGGUGUGCGGCACGUCUCGUGGAUCUGCUCGCCGUCGUUUGGGUUACCACUGUGAGAGGGAUAAGGCGGAAUUGCCAUCGGAUCAAGUGGAUGAUGUGGCAGACGCAGUGAUAAAAGAUGCGGAGGAGUGGAGCGACGAUAGUGAUGAGUGGUGGCUAGCAGGCCACUAUGACGGGGAGGAAGUGGAGGUGUGGGUGGCAGGAGUGCAAGGGCUGACAGCAGCGGUGCAAGGGCUGACAGCAGGGGUGCAAGGGCUGACAGCAGGGGUGCAAGGGUGGAAAGCAGGGGUGCAAGGGUGGAAAGCAGGGGUGCAAGGGGGAGAAGCAGGGGUGCAAGGGUGGGAAGCUGGGGUGCAAGGGUGGGAAGCAGGGGUGCAAGGGCGGAAAGCAGGGGUGCAAGCGUGGGAAGCAGUGCAUAGGGGGUAUGAGGGGACUGUGGGGUAUGAGAGGAGUUGGGCGUACGAGGGGAGUGCGGGGUAUGAGAGGAAUGGGGAGUAUGAAAGGAGUGGGGGGUAUGAGAGGAGUGGGGAGUAUGAAAGGAGUGGGGGGUAUGAGAGGAGUGGGGAGUAUGAAAGGAGUGGGGGGGGAUGGGGGGAAGCAGGGAAGGUGAUGGGGGGAAGCAGGGAAGGGGAUGGGGGGGAAGCAGGGAAGGGGAUGGGGGGAAACAGGGAAGGGGAUUGGGGGAAACAGGGAAGGGGAUGGGGGGAAAGUAGGGAAGGGGAUGGGGGGAAGCAGGGCAGGGGAUGGGGGGAAGCAGGGAAGGGGAUGGGGGGAAGCAGGGAGGGGGAUGGGGGGAAGCAGGGUAGGGGAUGGGGGAAAGCACGGGACGGGAUGGGGGGAAGCAGGGGAGGGGAUGGGGGGAAGCAGGGAAGGGGAUGGGGGGAAGCAGGGAGGGGGAUGGGGGGAAGCAGGGUAGGGGAUGGGGGAAAGCAGGGAAGGGGAUGGAGGGAAGCAGGGAAGGGGAUGGGGGAAAGAAGGGGAGGGGACGAGGGGAAGCAGGAAGGAGGGAGGGGGGAAGCAUGGAGGAGGGAGGGGGGAGGCAGGAAGGAGGGAGGGGGGAAGCAGGGAGGAGGGAGGGGGGAAGCAGGGAGGAGGAAGGGGGGAGUGGCAGCCUGGGGAAGUGAGGACGACGAGGAGAGGGAGUGGGGGAAGUACCCGCUCUCACCCUCUGUCCUUCCCCCUCUGUGCCCCUCCCCCUCUUAUCCGUCCUUCCCCUUUUGUCUCCCCCCCUCUGCCCUUCACCAUCUGUCACUCCACCUGUGUCCUUCCCCCUAUGUCUCUCCCCCUUUGCCCUUCCCCCUCUGUCUCUCCCCCCCUGUCCCCCCCCCUGUACCUCCCCCCUCUGUCUCUCCCCAUCUGUCCUCCCCCCUCUCCCCCUUGUACUUCCCCUUCUGUCCUUCCCCUUCUUUCCUCCCCUCUGUCCCUCCCCCUCUAUCCCUCCCCCUCGUUCCCUCCCCUCUGUCCCUCCCCCUCUGUCCCUGCCCCUCUGUCCCUCCCCCACUAUCCCUCCCCUCUCGUCCCUGCACUUUCGUCCCUACCCCUCCUUCACUCCCCCUCUUUCCCUUCCCCUCUGUCCCUCCCACUUUGUCUCUCGCCCUCUGA